GCAUGAAGAAAUUAUCAAAAUAAGAAUUUUAUGUUUUUUAUCUUAAAAUAAAAGUACAAUGCUAACAAUAUUAAUAUAUAAUAUCAAAAAAUAUAUACAAACUCUUGUCUCAUUUUCGUUGGGUAUCCAGUUUGACGUCCAUGCGAGGCUUCUCGUUUGGGCCAAUAGCGUUCAAGAUUUCUUUAUGGGCCUUGACAAUCGGGGCCCUAAUUUAUCCGGUGAUUUCCGCCUCCCGGCGCACACUGCGAAGCUCACGUCUCCGGUCACUAGACGACCGUGGAAUCAGUCUCGGACAGCAGCAGGAGAUCAUUCAUCUGGGCUGUGUCAUGGAAGCGGAGGAGGAUCAGUCCGUCUUGAUGGUCGACGAGAUCUGCGAGAACGGCGGCGCAGUUACCGAGGACGGCGCCAAUAGGCAGCGUCUGAUCAUCAGCGGCGACCAGAUUGACGUCGAGGCCUACGCUUCCCUGUACAGCGGUCGCACGAAGAUCAUGCGCUUGCUUUUCGUCGCUGACCGGUGCAACAACGCCACGAUGCAAUUGGAUGCUCUGAGGAUGGCGUACGAGGAGAUUAAGAAGGGCGAGAACACGCAGCUGUUCAGAGAAGUUGUCCAGAGGAUUAAUGGGCGUUUGGGUCCGAAUUACGGGAUGGAUACCGCGUGGGCAUAUACUGUAGACCACCGGGCCGAGCAAAGAAAGGAUAGGCUGGAGAACGAGCUUAAUGCGUAUAGGACCAAUCUGAUCAAAGAGAGCAUUAGGAUGGGAUACAACGAUUUAGGAGAUUUCUAUUAUGCUCAUGGGCAACUUGGGGAUGCUUUGAAGAAUUAUGUCCGGACGCGCGAUUACUGCACAACAUCAAAACAUAUAAUUCACAUGUGUUUGAAUGCUAUUCUCGUCAGCAUUGAGAUGGGUCAAUUUUCCCAUGUUUUGAGCUAUGUCACAAAAGCUGAGCAAGGUCAUGAUUCAUCAUUAGAUGAUAUUACAGCUGCUAAACUUUGUUGUGCUGCCGGUUUGGCUUACUUAGAGGCUAAAAAGUAUAAGCUUGCUGCUCGUAAGUUUCUGGAUGUUGGCCACGAUUUACUGAGUAAUUACAAUGAAGUAAUUGCACCUCAAGAUGUUGCAACAUACGGUGCCCUUUGUGCACUCGCAAGUUUCGAUCGAUCAGAGUUGAAGAGCAAAGUCAUAGACAAUGUGAACUUCAGGAAUUUUCUAGAGUUGGUGCCUGAGAUUCGAGAACUUAUCCAGGAUUUCUACACAAGCCGAUAUGCUUCUUGUCUUGGGUAUCUAGAAAACCUGAAAACAAACCUAUUGCUUGAUAUCCAUUUGCAUGACCACGUGGAGACACUGUACAAUAAAAUCCGUAACAAAGCUCUCAUCCAGUACACUCAUCCCUUUGUCUCUGUUGAUCUGCACAUGAUGGCCAAUGCUUUUAAGACCACUGUGGCUGGGUUGGAGAAGGAACUUGAAGCUUUGAUUACCCACAACGAAAUACAGGCUCGGAUUGAUUCCCACAACAAGAUUCUAUAUGCAAGGCAUGCUGAUCUGAGAAAUGCAACCUUCCAGAGGGUGCUGCAGACUGGUAAGGAAUUCGAUCGAGAUAUGAAAGCUUUGCUUUUGAGAGCGAGCCUUUUGAAGCACGAGCACAACAACAAAUUACCAAGAAAACAUACCGGCAGCUUGUGAGUUGUGGGAUCCCUACUAGGAUUGUAGCUGCUGAGGCUUCAUGUUUGCUCAAGUUAAUGUUCAUAGAAAAAUUUAAGAAUAUAUAUAUUUUUUUCAAAAAAAUCUUUAAAAAUUUAUAAUAAAUCUUAAGAAACCUU